AUGUCUUACCAACAGGAACGCUUUAUCGCCGAACUCGCCGUCCAGCGCGCAACCCUCCUCACCCAGAAGGUUUUCAACGAGAAGGCCAAGGGUACCGUAUCCAAGGAUGACAAAUCGCCCGUUACCAUUGGCGACUUCGGAGCCCAGGCCUUGAUCAUCCAGGCUAUUCGCAAGAACUUCCCCAAUGACGAGAUCGUCGCCGAAGAAGAGGCCAGCUCCCUCCGGGAAGACAAGGCGCUGAGCGCCGAGAUCUGGAGACUGGUCAGCGACAUCAAGUUGGAGGACCCCGAGAGCGACAAGCUCCUCGGCGGGCCCUUGCCUAGCGAGAAAGCAAUGCUGGACAUUAUCGAUCAAGGCAAGAGUGCGGGAGGCCCCAAGGGUCGCGUGUGGGCUCUGGAUCCCAUCGACGGCACCAAGGGUUUCCUGCGUGGUGGACAAUACGCCGUUUGUCUCGGCUUGAUUGAGGACGGCGAUGUCAAGGCGGGUGCUAUUGGCUGCCCCAACCUGCCCGUGGACGACUCGGCCGCCAUGACCGCUUCCAUCGGUGUCGACCAGACCAGCGGCGCCGGCAACGGAGUCCUGUUCUCUGCCAUCAAGGGCGCCGGUUCCACCAGCCGUCCGCUGACGAACGCCACUCUCGCCGAGAGCAAGUCGAUCUCCAUGCGCCCCGUUUCCAAGAUUGCGGAGGCUGUCUUCUGCGAGGGUGUCGAAGCCGGACAUUCCGCUCAGGGCGACAACGCGGCCGUUGCGGAGCGGUUGGGAAUCACCGCUCCCAGCGUGCGACUGGACUCCCAGGCCAAGUACUGCUCCAUUGCCCGUGGAGCUGGUGACAUCUAUCUGCGACUGCCUGUGAAGAAGGACUACCAGGAAAAGAUCUGGGAUCACGCCGCCGGUGACCUGAUCGUGCGUGAGGCUGGUGGUCAAGUGACCGACAUCUACGGCCAGCGACUGGACUUCAGCAAGGGCCGCACUUUGGCUGCCAACAAGGGCGUUGUUGCCGCUCCCGCUGCCUUCCAGGACGAGGUCAUCGACGCCGUUAAGCUUGUGCUGAAGUUGUAA